AUGGCUGCUCAGCUCUAUGCUGGUAUGCGGCUGGUGCUCAUCGCAGAGCAGACGAGCACUGUGGACUUACCGUCAGAUGGCUAUAAUUGUGUAAAAUCAGUUACAACAGUGGACGGGACCAGCGUCUCCUUUCAACCGAGCCUUGACUAUGAUUACUGUGGUGGAAAAUUAUUACUUAAUUUAUCCUUAUCAGCCUGCAAGUCAGCGGCCGAUCAAUCGACUAUGGUUCGCUGCAAGAUGACCUUAGGGUACAAGCACACCACCACCGAAAGGCCAGUCCCAUGCGUUUCGUGCGAAACGAGCAUUCUCUUUCACAAAGGCACCCAACGGUUUGAUAAAGUUGUGUCUGUACAUGUGGCUAAGGAUAACCGUAACCAUUUCACGAAGGUGACCCUUCUUUUUAUGGUAUUUGUCGCUGACCUGCAACAUACGAUAGCGCCUGGUCUCGGGCUCGGCGUCCACCUCAACAAGGCCCGUCUGCGGGGCAACCACUGCGACGUGAAGCUGGUGGUCGACGGCGUGGAGCUGCCCGCGCACCGCAACGUUCUGGCCGCGCGCAGCCCGGUGCUCGACAAGAUGUUGACGGGCGACUUCAGGGAGGCUCGGGAGGGCCGCGUCGAGCUCGUGGACUUCUCCAGGGCGGCGGUCGAAAGGUUCCUGGAGUACCUCUACACUGAUCAGAUUGAGGACUGGGGCAACAUGGAGCUGGAGCUGGUGCAGCUCGCCUCCAAGUACAUGGUGCCAGAGCUACGCACCGAGUGCUCUCUGAGGCUGUGGUCCUGCGACGCUCCCCGUGCCGUCGAGCUCCUGCGCACCUGCUUCGACCCUAGCCCGCGCCAGAUCAUGAGCAGCGCGCUGCUCCGCCGGCUCGCGGUCAUCGUGGCGAACAACAUGGAGGCCCUGGCUGACACCGAGGAGUGGACCGACUUUGCGGAAACCUACCCAGCUAUUGUCGAUAUGAUACUGGGCCUCUCAGAAGUCCAAGAAACCCAAAGGACUUACAGCGUUUGGGAACCGAAGUAUGAAGCCUUCAACCUACCUUGA